UACCGUAUAGUACUUUUGGUCUCUCGUUUUAAUUGGAGAUUUUGGAAGACAAACUUAAGAUACAAGAAGAUGAUGCAGCCGGGGGACCAGAUCUUCGCCUGCGGCUUCGAGCUCUUUGGGCGAGUGCAGGGCGUUUGCCUGAGGAAGCAGACGAGGGACUUGGCCACGUUGAACGAGGUGCGCGGAUGGGUGAUGAACACGGACGAGGGAACGGUCAAGGGGCAGCUGGAGGGCACCCUGCCCAAGGUCAACGAGCUCAAGUUCUGGCUAUUGAAUUUCGGCAGUCCGCGGGCGAUUAUCGAACGGGCGGAGUUCACGCCCACCAAGGAGAUCACCUCGCAUAAUUUCAGUCGCUUCUCGAUUCGCUACCAUCAUGUUGCCGCCCCAAAGAAGGCAACUUAAAGGAGGGCUAUAUAUCUAGAACCAAAAUUGUAACUGUGCUAUUUGUUUGUAACCGUUUGUUUGGCUCUGCGAACAUCAUUUAUAAACCUCAAAAGUGAAAAACAGGCUGCCAGCCACUAAUUAAGCCGCA